AUGAGCGCUCUGAAUACCGAUAUCGACGAAAUCAACCAAAGCUUUGACGAACUACUGCUUGAUAGCGAUGCUGAAGCCACAAGUAGUAUGGAGGGAGAUGACAUGGCUCCUGCUGUAGUCCCUGACUCCGACAGUGAUGAACUUGAUUCUGAAGUCUCAGACGACGACGAAGAAGAAGCAGAAAAUACGUGGGAGGACGAGGCUCAAAAAUAUGACAGAUGGACCUUCAGCGAGCCUGUUGGACUUAGUGCAGAAGUGGAGAACUGUGAGACGCCACUCCAAUUCUACGAGCUGUUUUUUUCAGAAGAACUUCUCGCCAUGAUAGUUACUCAGACCAACGUCUAUGGACAAGCAAAGCAACGUGAUUGGACUCACACGGAUCCAGAUGAACUGAGGAUAUUCUUCGGCCUC